CUCCUCCUCCUCCUCCUCCUCCAGCUGCCAUCUGGGCCUAAGAGAUUGUCAGGGCAGCGCGCGCUCACACCCAGCCAUUCCACAGCAUGUGGAGGAACGCGUGACUGGGCGGAGGCCCGCAUGGCAACAACGGCAUGGUUCGGCAAGGACAGGUUCUCUCGCGUGCCGCCCGCAGGUGCGACCCAAGAAUGCUUCCGCCCGACGUCAAGCCAGCUACGACGACUCCGUGCCCGGUGCACGCAUGCCAGGAGGUCGCAACAAGCGUCUCUGGACAUUCUUCGCCUACUCCACAUGGGACCGCCACCUGGACUCGGACGCGAUCCAGCUCUCCCCGACCCAGCGCGGCAGGACCAAGGGGAGCAGAGCACGAAGGACACCACGACGCACGAGAAGCAGCUGAACUCGGACAACCAGAACGGGACGCUGCGCAACACGGACACCCCGACGAAGUACUUCGCAGACACCAAGACGAACGAGAAGCCGCAGAACUUCGCUAACCAGGACGGGCUGCCGAACAACCAGGCCACCAGGAACUACGAGGGGCAACUGAGGCUCGCCCGCGACAGGGUGGACCACGAGGACGUGAAACACUGCCUGGAGACGCUCGCGGAGACCGCCGAGAAGAGGGACGACUACACGAAGACCGCCACCACGACUUACGAGGAGCAGCCGAGCUUCGCAGACCAGGAGAAGGAGCGGAGCAAGAAGGACACCACGACGCACGAGAAGCAGCCGAACUACGACGACCAGGACACGCCGCUGGACAAGCAGGGGCGCGAAGAUAAAAAGGACUGCGCUGCGACGCUGGACAAGCGGCAAUGCGAAGAUAAUCGAGACGCCUCCUACACUUACCAGGCGGAGGCGCUGGACACCCCGAGCACAGAGAACUGGCACUACGACGACCAGGACGGGGACGAGAUCCCGAACGGGUUCCCAGACCUCGUAUACGACAUCGUGGCGAUGCGCAUGGCGGAGGGCUACGCAGUCAAGGAGUCGUGGCUGCACGCCAGGCUCGACGAGUGGCUCGAGGAGACAGUCACGGCGUGGACCAACAUCCGAGUCUUCGAGAAAAACGGCGACGGACACAUCGUGAGAGUGAUCGGGCCACACGGAGUAAUGCAGGGAGACGUGGACAGCGAGGACGAGAAGCAGAGCGAAGCCGAGAGCACGAGCGACACAGGGAGUCGAGGCGGAGUGAGGCCAAACCUCGAUACGUGGUCGCUCUCGUCCACCCGCUCCUCCUCUCCCUCGCGACGAGGCAAGCAACCGCAAGCGGGUAGCAGGCGAGAUAGCACCCGUGAGGGCGGGUGCUACCCCGCCCAGAGGCCCCCGCGUGGGGCGAACGGUGCGGGAAGGGCCCGAGUGUCUCCUGGCACCUGCUCCCCCAGUCAAUAAAGUGACCACAGCUAGGCCGUUUUAGAUACGCAGCUACUUUGUGCUAGCAAGAGCGUCAGACACUCAGACAUCGGCCCGAUAGCUCGAUCGAUCGAUCGAUC